AUGACAGCAACAGAAAUAGAUAUUGAUCGUGCUUACUCACCAUCUUGUUGGUCUCAUCGAUUUAGUGAUAGUGAAAAAGUCAUUGAAUCUCACGUGCAGACAUUAACAAAAGCUACACAAUGUGCACAAACUACAAUACCUUGCUUGUUAAAUUGGACAGUAAAUUCAACAAGUGCAUUUCCUGAUCAUGCGAUUGAUAUUUAUUUUCCAUCAAAUGUUACAGAAUUAUUACCUUACAUUGAUUCAAUAAAACCAAAAGCAAUUUUUGUUUAUAUUCAUGGAGGAUAUUGGCAAUUCUUCUCACGAAAUGAAAGCGCAUUUAUGGCUCAAACAAUGAGUGAUGCACAAAUUCAUACAGCUGUUAUUGGUUAUCCAAUAGCUCCACAUGCAACAAUCGAUCAAAUUGUUACAUGUGUUGAACAAGCUUUAGUUAAAAUUCUCAAAUGGGCAAUGAAAUCAUCUAGUAAAGUAUUUAUUUGUGGUCAUUCAGCUGGUGGUCAUCUUGCUGCAACACUUUUACUUAUUGAUUGGAAAACUAAAUAUAAUAUUGAUCAUCAAAUUUUUGGUGGUUUUUUUCUUAUUUCAGGUGUUUUCGAUCUUAUUCCAAUUGUUUCUACAUAUGUUAACAAACCUCUUGAUAUGAACAUAUCAACAGCUAAAAAUUCAAGUCCUUUGCAUCGUGAUAGUAAUGAUUACUGGUCAGAAUUGAAGCAUGUACCUAUUCUAUGUAUUCAUGCUCAAUAUGAUCCUCCAAGUUUUCAUGAUCAAAAUCGACAAUAUGGUUCUUAUUUAGAAAAAAUUGGUUUUGAUAAUGUUAAAACUAUACAGCUAGAUAAUUAUGAUCAUUUUGAUCUUAUAGAACAACUUGAAAAAAAGGAUCAACCGUUAACAACUAUGAUUUUAACGUUAAUAAAAGAUUCCAUUUGA